AUGAAAUCUUACAUGAUCAAAGCUUUUCUUCUUCUCUUCUUCAUGUCAAAGAUUAGCAACGGAAGUGUCCUGUUAUCAUCGUUGCCACAAUCUCUUUCUGUUGUCGCCUCUCCUACGGAAGGUCAAGUUCUACAAGCUGGAGAAGAUAAUAUAACAGUAUCCUUUGGAUUGAACGGUAGUAUUGCAAACCAAACCGAUGAAUCAUACAAGUUUGUGAAGGUGAAGCUUUGUUAUGCACCAAUUAGUCAAGUGGACAGAAAAUGGAGGAAGACAGUAGACAAUAUAAAGAAAGACAAAACAUGUCAGUUUACUAUAUGGGAAAAACCAUAUGAUCAUCAGCAAAACAUGAGUCAACAAUUUGAAUGGACGAUUGAAAAAGAUUUACCAACGGCUACAUAUUUUGUGAGAGCAUAUGUUUAUGAUUCUGGAGAUGAAGAGAUAGGUUAUGGGCAAACUACAAAUGAUAAGAAGAUCUCCAACUUAUUUAAGAUUCAAGGAAUUAGUGGGCGUCAUCCUUCUAUCGAUAUUGCAUCGAUUUGCUUCUCUGUUUUUGCUAUUCUAUCAUUGGUUGGGUUUUUUUUGCUAGAGAAAAGACAAUCCAAAGCCAAAAAAUGA